GUUUCCUUUGCCUGAUCUGUAAACAUGUCCACAGACCUGCUAUGGUGUGAGGACUGCGGUAAAAGCCUUAUAGGAGAAUGCAAGCUCCAUGGACCACUCAUCAGGGCUAAAGAUAGGGUUAUUCCUAGCCGAGCCCGUCUUACCCUACCUCAUUACCUCAGUUUGCGAGUGUUGGAGCUACGAGCUGGAAAUGAGCAGAUCCUUGGAGUAUUUGCAAAAAGAGUAAUACAGAAGAGAACACAGUUUGGUCCUUAUGUUGGUCAACUGUCUACAAAACUGACCCGCUAUGAUGAGAGCAGGCUAGUCCUACAGGUAUUAAAAGAUGGAGGAAAGUACUUUCUGGACACUCCUGAUGAGGACUGUGGAAACUGGAUGAUGUUUGUCCGUUUAGCCCGGAACCAAGAAGAACAGACUCUUGUGGCUUAUCAGCACUCUGGAGAAGUCUACUUCACGACUGUUAAGCCAAUUGAACCCCACACAGAAUUAAAAGUAUGGUAUGCUGCCGAUUAUGCCAAAUUUAUGGAAGCUUCUGCAGUCUUUAUUAAAGAAGAAUCUGACAUCUGCCCUUUGCCUGCAGUAACAACAAAAGAGCCCGUAGACCCUUGGAUAUGCUCCAGCUGUAGAAACGCUUUUGCAACUUUUGCUCUACUGGAAUCUCACCAGUGCAUCAAUAAAGACCGAGUCCUUACCACCAGGUUCAGACCAUCAAAUAAAUUGGGACCUGUAAAAGCAAAAAGCAAACUCAAAGGGAAACUGAGAGGAGCAGCAUUAGGCAAAAGCAUUGCACAGUGCUAUGGGACCAUUUCCUGUUCCUCUGCUGCAAAGCUUAGCUGUGCCAGCUCAGGAAGCACUUGUGAUGCUCUUGUGAGGUUUAUACCUAAAUGGAGAAAUGGCCGGUCUUCACUGUUGAAGGGAAGAGAAGUGAAGCAGCCAGACAAUUACCCUUGCCGACUCUGUGGGAAGAUAUUUGAUUCCAUUGAAAAGCUCACAGUCCACACUUACGCGCACAAGGGGGAACGCCCCUACAAGUGUUCACAGCACGGAUGCACAAAAGCCUUCAUUUCCAAAUAUAAACUGCUCAGGCACUCAGCCACUCAUUCUCCCCAGAAAUCUCACCAAUGCGGUUAUUGUGAAAAGACCUUUCACAGGAAAGACCAUCUGAAGAAUCACCUUCAAACUCAUGACCCUAACAAGAUGGCCUUCAAGUGUGAAGAGUGUGGCAAGAAGUACAACACCAAACUAGGCUAUAAGAGACACUUGGCUCUUCAUGCAGCCACGAGUGGGGACCUCACCUGUAGGGUAUGUGCCCAAGAGUUUGGAGGUACUGAAAUUUUGUUGGAACAUCUCAAAAGUCACGCAGGAAAGCCAACUGGCAAUAUCAAGGAAAAGAAACAUAAGUGUGACCACUGUGAACGUCACUUCUAUACCCGUAAAGACGUGCGGCGACACAUGGUGGUUCACACGGGCUGCAAAGACUUCCUAUGCCAGUUUUGCGCCCAGAGGUUUGGGCGGAAGGACCACUUGACUCGCCAUACUAGGAAGACUCAUCCACAAGAGCUGCUGAAGAGUAGGUUGCAGAACGGUGACUCACUGGGUCUCCUCGACCAGCUUCUUCCAUUCAGACUGAAAGAAGAUGCCAGCAUACUGUCCUCUUUUCCUGACAGGGUGUCCAUGCAGAAUGGGGUUCUGAACAGCUCAGAGCCACAGGAAUACAACUGCUCGCAUCUUCACUCACAGCCAGCCCUGCAAACUGCUCUUCCUCUCGAACCUUCUCCUCAUUUACAGAGGAUGAGCUGUGCAGACAACCUUCCAGCUGUCCAUCCCACACCAUGUCCAACAACCAUUCCUGCCAGCGUGAACCUUCAUCAGCCUAAUAAAUAUGACCUUACUUCUACCUCAUUUGCAGCAGGAUCCCUCAAGAAUCUACCGAUCAAAGUGGAUGUUAAAGGUUACAACGUGCAUCUUCUUGAGGACCUGUCAUUAUCAGAACCUCAGUCGCUUCACAAAAUCAAUCUGGAAGAAGCAUCCUCAGGGCCUGCAGGUGAUACUAUUAAAUACCCAGUGCACAAGGAGACAGAGACUGUAGCUGAAACUGCCAGCAUGCCUUUCAUGGAUCUCACUCAUAUAAUGAGUUUCUGGCAGCUCCCACCAUGUGACAGCCAGAGCACUACUGGGGACAUCGCGAUGGCAUUUGGUCCAGAAGAACCAACACACAGGCUGAAUGGCCUUGGCCAGCAGCAAGGUCCACAGCCAGGUGCCGGUGGUAUGGCCAUAAACCAGCUGCAUCAUGUUCCUCGCUCCUUUCCAUCCACUACGAAUCCUGUAACAUUGCCUCAUUUUCACCAUGCCUUCAAAUAACUGCCAGCUUUUCAGGGGGGAGGGGGAUUUUGUUUGUUUGG